CGUAAAUAACAUAAUAACGUUAGUAGUACUUAACAAUGGCAGCUUCCAGGGUUAUUUCAAGAUCAUUUGAUUAUCUCGUGAUAGGUGCUGGAUCGGGAGGAAUUGCUAGCGCCAAGAAAGCUGGGGCUUUAGGUGCAAAAGUUGCUAUAAUAGAACAUGGGCCAUUGGGAGGAACAUGCGUCAAUGUGGGCUGUGUUCCUAAAAAGGUUAUGUUUUAUGCAGCUUCUCAUGCUGAAUCUCUUCAUGAUCAUCAGUCUUAUGGUUUUGAUAUUUCUGCCGAUGAUAAAAUAUUUAAUUGGCCAAAAGUUAAAAAAGAGAGGGAUUCUUAUAUCAAACGAUUGAACAAGAUAUAUGAAUCUGGUUUAGAAAAAGCUAAUGUUGAGCUUUUUCUUGGACAUGCAAAAUUUGUCAGUCCCAAUGAAGUCCUUGUUAAUGAUGUUACACUAACUGCCAAGCAUAUACUAGUUGCUACUGGAACAAAACCAAUUAUUCCUGAUGUACCUGGAGCUAAAUUGGGGAUUACUAGUGAUGGUUUCUUUGAAUUGGAAGAACUACCGAAGAAAGUUGUAGUUUCUGGAAGUGGGUACAUAGCAGUUGAGAUGGCUGGUAUUUUAAGAGCUCUUGGUUCAGAAGUGUCAUUAGUCAUUCGUAGAGGAAAAAUAUUGCGUUCUUUUGAUGAUAUGUUAUCAGAUGCUCUCAUUGAUGAAAUGAAACAUUCUGGUAUUAAUAUUAUACCCCAUUCUAAGAUUACUAGUGUUGCUCAACAGCCAGAUAAACUUCUUGAAGUUUCAGUUAGUCCAUUUGAUGGAGAAGGUGAAGUCAAGAGUUUAUCAAAUGUUGACUGUCUGCUUUGGGCUGUUGGUAGAGAUGCCAAUGUUAAUGAUCUUCAAUUGGAAAAAGCUGGGAUUGAACAGGACAAAUCUGGCUUUAUUGUUGUUGAUGAAUAUCAAAAUACUAAUGUUCCUUUCAUUUAUGCUCUUGGAGAUGUUGCUGGCAAAAAACUGUUAACUCCAGUUGCAAUUGCAGCUGGGAGAAAACUGUCUCGAAGGUUAUUUAAUGCUGAGGAUGUAAAAUUGGAUUAUGAGAAUAUCCCAACUGUUGUGUUCAGUCAUCCUCCUAUUGGAACGAUUGGACUCACUGAAGCUGAAGCCAUAAAAGAAUUUGGAAAUGAAAAAUUGAAGAUAUAUACAUCAACUUUUACUCCAUUAUAUUAUGCCCUAACAAGCCGAAAAGUCAAAUGCCACAUGAAACUGAUAUGUGUGCUUCCUGAUGAGAAAAUUGUUGGACUUCAUAUCAUUGGCAUGGGUUCUGAUGAAAUGCUGCAAGGCUUUGGAGUUGCAAUUAAAAUGGGUGCAACAAAGGAUGAUUUUGACAAUUGUGUUGCGAUUCAUCCUACUAGUGCAGAGGAACUUGUUACAAUGAAGUAACUUUUUGUUAAAUUCAGUAUCAUGAUACAGUUUAAAGUUCAUUUUUAUUUGCUUUAUGAUUUUGAUCUACACGUAGGUAGUGAAAUUAG